AUGUUUGCCUCCGUCUACACGCUCGCAUUCUUCGCCGCCCUAGCUGCCGCCCUCCAGAUAGAACCCCUCCAAAAUGCCAAUUCUCAGGGCGACACAAGAAUUACGUGGAUAAACGACGCCGCCGAUACAUCCCGCUUCUCGACUUUCUCAGUCUUCCUCCACCACCCCACCUUCAACUCCGACUUCGCCCUCCUCAACAACCAGCGCCCAACAGACGGCGGCGCGAACGUCACCCUCCCUGCAGUUCCCGCACAAGACGGCUACACCCUCCGCGCGACGGACAUCGCCAACAUCACCGACGAAUUCGCAGUCUCGUCGCCCUUCGCGAUCGGGCCUGAAGUCUCCUCCACCUCCUCCAUCGCGCCCUCCACCUCCGUCCCCGUCUCGGGAUCCGUGACAGCCUCCGGUUCUGGUGCUGUGACGGACACUCCGGUGGUUACGCGCGGCUCGGGAAGUGGGACUGUCCUCUCCGUCCCCACAGUCUCUCCGACAGCUUCCGCCCCUGCCUCGGGCGCGUCGGGCGGAACUGGGACCAACACCGCCGUGCAGGGAGGUGCUACGAACUUCAACGGCGCGCCGUCCGCGUCCGUCGAGACGAAGGCGUGGGCACUCGGCGCUGUCGUGCUGGGCCUGGGAUGGGUCGCCGGUGGGUACUAA